AUGUUGAAAUUCCUUCGAAGAGUUUUUGGAAAGAAGAAACGCAGUAAUGUUGAAUGUCAAGCAGUCGUGAUCGACUACGACAAGAUUUCUCAUUCUGCUCAGGAAAUGAGAAGGAAUAAUAACGAUAUACACUGCGUGUAUCAGUCUGUGCAGGAGAAUGUUACGGAUGUCGGGGAACAACUACGACAUUCCGAGGAUUUGAUGGAUCAUUUAGCAAAGAGUUUGACAGACAUGGAAAACAUGGCAGAGCGAGCCUGUCAAAUUCUUUGCGAAGAGAAGGAAAAAUUACAAAAGAAGAAGGACACUUUGGCGAAGCUGAAAGAAGAUGUCGAGUCACCCGGGACUUUGGCAAAAAUAUCUGAGGAUGUUUCCCGCAAAAUGCAACUACCGGCUUGUUUAUAUCUAUGUGAUCCCUUCCAUAUAACAGAGCGUUUUCCACUAUCAAUAUCUUUUUCUCCAGAGGAUUCUAAAUACCGCCUGACAAUUUUGAGAGGGUCGGCAGUGGAACAGCACGCCGAGGCAGCCGAGAGUGGGACUGCUGAGAGUUUGGGGUCCUUUGUGCGCGAGGAGCGAGAACAACUAGAACAUCAGCUUUCUGUGGCCAAAAUGGAUGUCGAUAGGUACACACAGCAGAACUUAGAAGAUGAAGUGGUGAUUGAUAGUGUACAGCUCAUCAGAGAAAAAUUACAAAAGGACCACAACCUCCAUGUUCGUCAGCUCCAGAACGAGUGUGUCAAUCUGGAGAAAAAGAACGCUCUGAUGAAGUUCCGGGAGAACCACUUCAACUCAAAUGAAGGGAAAACUGAGCUGUUAACGUUCUUCAGAGUACCUAAAGAGGAACAAGAAGCCACCAAGAAGAGAUUCGCCUCACUGAAGAAAAGGAAAGAGGCAUUGCUUGAAAAAGUCCAAGGACAGAGACAGAGAAAACGUGUCUUGGCGGAAUAUAACGCACAUUUGAAGAAGUCCAUUAAAAUGAAAAAGGAUAGGGCCAUGCUAGGCUGAAGUUAGCAGCCACUCAGCAACGAACGAUAUCGGAUUAUUGAACAAUUAUUCAAGAGUUUACCAUUUGGAACGAUAAAUUGCAAUGAUAAUUAAUGUUAAUGAUGAAUUUAUAACCGUACAUUACUAUACGAAUUCCACCUUCUGUAAAUCAUGUUAAUUUAUCUAUUCAUUGUCUUGCCUACCCUUUUAUUUAAACAUCACAAAGGUUAUUACUUAUGGUAUUUUAGAUCUCACAGUAAUUUGGUUAAGAUUUUUAUAUCACAGCUCUAGAGCAAAUUUUAUUCAUUCAACAAGUAAUUAAUCUCCGACUACUAAUUUAUUUCUUGCAUCAAAAAGCACCAAAAAAAAAAAAAAAGAGAAAAAAACAUUUUUACUUAAAUGUGUUUAGUUUUCUUUACAGAUUUUUUGCGAUUGGUGGCCUUAUUAUGAACUAUAGUGCGGGCACUUCUACCUCACCCCGGGCCAUGAUGCUGUAAAGAAUCACGUUUUGAAUUUGUACAUUUUCUGUUAAUAAAUUAAUUGAUUUUGGUACUGUC